AUGGCCUAUAGAGGUCCUUAUCCCUCAGGACCAUCACCACCUGAUCCUUACGGCCCGCCACCGCCACAACCACCAAUAUACGGUCAGCCACGGCCCGAAUAUGGGCCUGGCCCACCACCGCCACCUCGGCCUAAUUACUAUGCUCCCCAACCUCAUCAUGGGCCACCAGGCCCACCUUCACCUCCUUAUUACUCACAUCAUCAUCAACAACCCCAUCACCGUCCUGGCCCUGGCCCGGCUCCACCACCCUACAUGGACCGUGAUCCUUACGGCCCAUCACCGCCGUAUAUGGACCGUGAACCUUAUGGUCCUCCUCCACCUCCAUACAUGGACCGUGAUCCUUAUAGUCCUCCACCACCGUACAUGGACCGUGAUCCUUACGGUCCACCUACUCCUUGGCCUCGCCAGGGUGCACCGCCACCGCCUCGGCCUUAUUAA